AUGAACAAAUUACACGCACAUAUCGCUCGUGUGAACACGAUUCACAACGAGGGCCGAGCAGAGAAGGGGGGAAACGGAGAGAUUCUCUCUGGACAAAGGCUACAAAACACCUUUCGCAUUCGAGGCAGCGAUAUAGAGAGAAUUAAGGAGCGUCGUCAUAACACAAAGCGCGACCGCAAGGUCCGAUUCGAAGGGGUUCCAGAAAAUGGAUCUGUCAACGGCUCUUUGCCCUGUUGUCCGGAAACCCUUGCUAGUGAUGUGAGAAUUCUAGCUCGACGGAUUGGAACCCUAAAAAGGGAGGUGGAGAAGAUCAAACAAAUGCUGGAGAAUGUGCAGUGA